AUGGAAUUCACCGCUGAAGUAGGGUUCACCAUACUUUAUUUCAUAACAAUGGUCGUGGCGUUGCUUGGCAACACGUUGCUGAUAUACAUUGUGUGGAGAAAGCCUGAGACAAGAAGUCUGACAAGUUUCUUGUUCGUUAACAUGGCAGUGGCUGAUCUAAUGGUUGUUGUUUUUCAGAUGCCAAUUAACUUCGUUAAUCUGCAUGUAUCAGAAAUUCCCUCCGAGGUCGGUUACUUUUCGUGCAGAUUCCUUUACUACCUCGCCAACAUUACGAUGACGGCGUCCAUCUUUAGUCUUGUUGUCAUGGCAUUUGAUCGAUACUUUGCCGUUGCACAUCCUUUUAGGCAAAGCAUUUGGUUCAGGAAAGCCAAACUAAGUAUUCCGUUCAUAUGGAUCUCAUCAGUAGCUUUGAUGGCGAUCACUCCUUUUGCCUUUAAGCUGGAGAAUGGACGGUGCUAUUUUGCAGAGGACGAGAUGCUUCCACUGGCCUUCUGGACGUAUCUCCUUCUUAUCAGUUACAUACUUCCUCUCGCUGUCAUCUCUGUUCUGUACUUCGCAAUUACCCGCAGAGUAUGGUUUCACGAAAUUCCUGGGCAACAAGAAAGCAUUCGAGACCAGCCACAGGGUCAAAUCCCAAAGAAGAGAGUCAUCCGAACGCUCAUCAUCAUAGUGGUGGUGUUUGCUCUUUGCUGGCUUCCCCUUCAAGUAUUCCAAAUGGACUUCGCGGUGCGAAACAUGCUCACGGACUGGCAUCCCAUUUCUAUCUACUUCUCUUAUUGGCUCAGUCAGGCUAACAGUGGAAUAAAUCCCUGGUUAUAUAUCGGCCUGAAUGGAAAAAUGAAGGCAGCCUUCAGCAAAAUGAUUCGAUGCCGCCAAGGAGAGAGUGCUCGGAGAUACAAGGCAUCCACUUCAACUUUACCUCGUGAGUCAGCAGGAAGCACACGUUUGUAGUCCAAGUUGUGAAACCAGUUCGAAACCUGCAGAAUCAAGUCAAGCCUAGUGUAGAUAGCGUUAUAAAUGCUAAGUUGUGUAUACAAUAAAGAAGGUUUCGAGCUGAAGUCAUCAUAUUGCAAUAGGUGCUAAAAGCUACAGUAAAUUACGGCAUAGAUAUAAUCAAAUUUAUCUGAUUUGCAAAAUCACCUUUAGCUUCUGUAAGAUCUAAGCGCUUUUUCAUCAGUUUUAGAAUUAUUUAUUUUUUAUUUUCUUUUCUCAUAACGCCUUGUUAGUGUUUUUUGUUCAGUUUGUUAGAUUUUUCGUCAGUUACACUUUCACUUUUGCACGCUUUCAUACCACACGUAAUUACCCCAGUCCUCUUUUCAUUUGCAUGAGGACCUAUAAACCCAGUUUCUUUAUAGCUUGAUCGCUUUUUUUCUCCGUGAGUUUCUUCCGAAGUCAUACUAAGCGCGGUUUUCUGAUUAAGAAGUCUCUAUCAUUUAGUUAUUUGCAGUUGCAGUUAUUUUUAGGAGUUAUUAAUUUUAGUAUUUUUCCGUUUCAUUUUGUUUGUAUUUCUUUAUUGUUGUAAUUUUUUUUCCAUCCUAUGUGAGUUAUCUUUUCUCCACCUUUUUUAGCUGCAGCUUGUUAUCCCCUUAGCUCGUUUAGGUUUAAUAAAGUCAGUCAUAGAGU